AUGGUGAUUGCCAGGAAUUCGACUUGUGAGUCAAAUGCGCCCAUUCAUGGAGAUGUUAUUAUCGGGGAUCCUGUAAAAGCCAUAUUGAACGCCACUGACCAGAAUCCCGUCAAUAUAACACAAAACAAUGGCCACUGCUUGGACAAUGAGAAGGGAUCAACCUCUUCUUUUCUCAUUCUUUUCCUCUUCUUUUCUCUUGUCAUUGCCUAUUUUGUCUACAAGAACAGAGGGAAAGUUCUUCAAUUGCAAAGGGAACUACGAUCCCGUGUGGAGUAUAGGAGACUUGAAGACGGAGACUCCUGCAGCCUUCUCCCGAAUGAACCACAAGUGAUCUAU